UUGGUAGCGGCCGCCGCUGCAGGAGGAAGGAGUGCUAUUACUCGGAGCGUCGCUACCUUUCAGUUUCGCCUUCAAAAUUGGACAUCAACCGGGUUUCCUUACGUCAGAUCACGUUUGGAGGAAGGUUAAAUCUGAGGUGUAUUUUUCUCGCACCGUUUCGGACUGGAUUGUAGAGAAGAAUCGAUUGUUUUUUGUUAAAUAAUCGAGCGUUUUUACUGACAGCGGCACAACAAUGGCACUGAAAAGAAUUCACAAGGAGCUGCACGAUUUGGGCCGUGACCCCCCUGCCCAGUGCUCAGCAGGACCAGUAGGAGACGACAUGUUUCACUGGCAGGCCACAAUAAUGGGACCAAAUGACAGUCCUUACCAGGGUGGUGUGUUCUUCCUGACCAUUCACUUUCCCACAGACUACCCCUUCAAACCGCCAAAGGUUGCAUUCACCACAAGAAUUUACCAUCCAAAUAUCAACAGCAAUGGCAGCAUCUGUCUGGAUAUCCUAAGGUCUCAAUGGUCACCUGCCCUCACCAUCUCCAAAGUCCUCUUGUCUAUCUGCUCUCUGCUGUGCGACCCCAACCCGGACGACCCCUUAGUACCCGAGAUUGCCCGCAUCUACAAGACUGACAGGGAAAAGUACAACAGAAUAGCUCGGGAAUGGACACAAAAGUAUGCAAUGUAGUUUUGGAGCUAUCACAGCAGGAAAAAAAAUUACUCCUCUCUGUCUUAAAGGUUAGGGGAGAUUUGAAAGUUUAAGAGAUUUAAAACAAAAAAAAAAAGCUUCUGAAAAAAAAUCUUGUUGGUUUCCAUUGGAGUGCUUUCUUUAAGCCACACCUCCCCUCACCAGAGCACCUGUCCCAAUUCCCAGCCCCUUUCCUUUCAUAGCCAUGAUGUACAUACAUUCAGACUGUAGCCCAGCCCCCAGCUUAUUUCCUCCAGCUAUACCACCAUCACCACCUUUUCCAUCCCAAAACUGAGAAGCUGCGCUCGGCGUCUCUGCUUUAGCGUCUCCGUUGCUGUGGUGACUUGCCUGCUGCUUAGGAUCAAUCAGCCUCAGUUUGUUUUUUUUUUGGUUUUUUUCUUUUGCAGUUAAAAAGAUGUUCAUGACUGUAAAGGCAUUCCUUGUUUUUAAACACUGGGGAGGGAGGGCCGUUCUCUUUUUCUUUCCCAUUUUCUAAUAUAGUGAAGAUUAAGAGAUACAUUCUUGUUCGUUUCUUUCUAUUUCCUGGGCUUCCAAGUGUAUAUUGGAUCAGGAAAACUUUUCUUUUGGCACAGCAGGGAGGGGUGUAUGCUGGCUGUCUUUUGUAUAAAAAUCUAUAAGGAGUUCUUUUUAAAAAAAACCAUAGCAGGUUAUUAAUGGAAAAUGUCAAGUCUCUUUGGGUCCAUUAUUGUGAAUCAUUUAAAGGACUUGGAUACUAUGAAUAUAUUUUGUUUCCCAUUUGCCAUAACCAAGACUGUCUCUACUUUUUUUCUUAGCCAUGACCAACUUCACAUUCAUUUACUUACGGAGGCUUUUGGACCAGUUAUUUAAAAUUGUAGAUGAGCAUGCAGUUUAUUUUUCUUCUUUUCCUUUCUUCUUUUCUUUUCUUUUUUUGUUUUCGCCUCUCUACCAGCCCUCUGUAACUCUAAGUUUUAGCUGCAUUAGUCCCCCCCUUCUGCUCUUGUUGAAUUAGAUGCUAACAUGGCUUAGACAGACUUGAUUGGGUCCCUGGGUGAGAGGAAACAAACUCUUCACAAACAAACUUCUGUAUAUUUAAUUUCCUGACAGGCUCAUUGAGCUUUGUGUGUUGAUUAAACUGUGUAAUAAAAUGAUUACUAAAGUCUCAA